GACAAGGGCCGAAGAUAGGGUGGGCCACCUCUCCGUGGUUGGACGAUACCAUCGGCUUCCGACGCGGCUUGAGGAUGACUAUUUUGUGGAGAAGAAGGCACUUGGCACCGGCUACAACGGCUCGGUGCUCUUAGCCAGGGGAAAAAACCGGGCCGGUAAGUUCGCCAUCAAGGCCUUCAAGCUCCACGGAGUCAGCAAGGAGAAGAAAGCCGAGCUAGCGUCGGAGGCAGAGAUCUUUCUAAGUAUGGACCAUCCACACAUUGUCCGGCUUUUUGACGUCUAUGAGGAAGAAGACAGGCUAAGCUUGGUUAUGGAAUGCAUGGAGGGUGGCGAGCUCUUCGAUCGGGUUCGGGAAAAGAAGGUGUACUCCGAGAAGGAUGCCUGCAAAACGGCAUGGAUGAUGCUGUUGGCCGUGAACUACUUACACAGCGUGGGCAUUGUGCAUAGGGACUUGAAGCUCGAAAAUUUCCUCUACGAGAAGAAGGAUGGCGACUUCCUGAAACUUAUAGACUUUGGCUUCAGCAAGGUGUGGGCCAAGAACACCAAAAUGGAGUUGAGCUGCGGGACCCUCUCGUAUGCAGCGCCGGAGGUCCUCGCGAAGUCUUAUACCAGCCAAUGCGACCUGUGGAGUCUAGGCGUCAUUGUUUUCAUCUUGCUGGUGGGCUACAUGCCCUUUGCUGGCAAUGAUGAGCGGAAGCAGAUUCAGAUGAUCCGCUCCGGCAACUACAUCGUGAAGAAGGACAGGUGGGCCAAGGUAUCCUCGCAGGCUUCAGAUUUUGUGCAGAAGCUGCUGGUGGUGGAUCCAGAUGUGCGGAUGAACGCACCCGCUGCUUUGGAGCAUCCUUGGAUCAAGAACCUGGAGCAUGCCAACACUGACUGCAUUGAUGAAGCUAUGGUCACUUCCCUUUGCAACUUUGCAAGGACGCAGAACUUCCGCAGAUCAUGCAUGAAACUGAUGGCUUGGUCCUUGACAUCCGCUGAAAGGUCUCAAGUCCGGGAGGCUUUCCUGGAGUUAGAUCGAGGCAGCACCGGGACCAUCACGGCUUCUGAUUUUAAGAAAGUCCUGGAAGACAAUUUCCACAUCCCUGAGGAGCAAGCGGAGACCGUGUUCAACGCAAUUGGUGAUGUGGAGCACGAUGAGAUCCACUACUCCGAGUUUUUAGCCGCUAUGAUGGCUUCUCGAAUCGCCUUGCAUGAUGACCUCCUUAAAGAUGCCUUCCGUCGGUUUGACACGGAAAAUACGGGCUUCAUCCGGAAGGAAGACCUCUUGCUGGUGCUGGAAAGCGAUCAAGAGGCGACUCAGGUGAUGAGGGACCUCGAUGUGAAUCAUGACGGCAAGAUCUCCUACGAGGAGUUCAUUGGCUACCUGAAGAGUGGCGGUGCAGAUGAUGACGCCCUCGAAGCGGCCGAGAGAGCAAUCUCCAAGGAAAUCAUCACGCACAACAGGUCCCACGACGAACCCAAGCUGCGCAAGCGCGACAAGCUGAAAGGGAUGUUUGUUCGGAUGUUUUCCACAUGA